GUAUUUCGGUCGUAUCCGAGAGCUCCACCGGGCGGAUCCUCUGGAAUCAUCGUCAUCUUUUAGCCGGUCGGACCAACCACACCACUGCCAAUCCAAAUGUCAAACCCACUCAGGAGUCCAGUCAGAUUCCGGGGGUUCAAUCCCCCCAGAUAUAAAUAUCCUGCCGCAUCUCCCCUUCCCUCCCCUUCCCUCGUCUCACCCACCUGAUCAGAUCGUGAUCAUGUUCGACACCCGACUGGUGCUGCUCGGCCUCGUGGCCGGGCUGGUGUACGUGUGGCACCGACGAAAGCCCGACCCGCGGGAACCACCGGUGGUCAACAGCCGCAUCCCCAUCAUCGGCCAUCUUCUGGGCAUGUUGUGGUACGGCUUGCCAUACUUCACCCUCGCCACCAAGAAACACUCGCAUCCGAUCUGCACCCUGGACAUGGUCUUCAACAAGACCUACAUCGUCCAAUCGCCCACCGUCCUGCACUCCAUCCAACGGAACCGAAAGACCCUGUCCUUCGACCCCUUUGUGUCCAUGACGCUCGAGCGCAUGGCCGGCAUCCACGGUCCCACGCUGGAGCUCUUUCGCGAGAAGGAGUCGGGGGGUCAGGGCCUGAGUCAUGACGUGAUCGUGGCCAUGCAGCCGACGCUCACCGGCCGGCCAUUGGAUCGAAUGAAUGAGUGCAUGGCGCGGAAUCUGCGUCCCUGGCUGGACGAGCUGGCUGGCCUCCCCACAAUCGAUCUGCACGCCUGGUGCAGUCGGGUCAUCACGGCGGCCAGCACGGCGGCCUCGUAUGGACCCUUGAAUCCGUACCAGGAUCCACGCAUUGAGAAAGCCCUCUGGGACUUUGAAUCACACCUCAGCCUCCUGCUGGCCAACUUCCUCCCCUGGCUCACGGCGCGCACCUCGUGGAAAGGGCGCGAGACGGUGGUGGCGGCCUUUGUGAAAUACUACGAGCUCGGAGGGCACAAGGAGGGAUCCGAGCUGACAUAUAUCCGGUGGAAAACGAUGCACGACGGAGGGGUCCCCCUGGAGCAUAUUGCGCGACAAGAGACCGCCAUGGGCCUCGGCCUCCUCUCGAAUAGCGUGCCGGCCACGUUCUGGGCCAUGUUCGAUCUCUACUCCCGACCUGACCUGCUGGCGGAGAUCCGGCAGGAGAUGCGGGCGCAUGUACUGCGCGUCGAGGCGGAUCACCGGCACAUCAUCGACAUCUCGGCUCUGCGGGAUCAGUGCCCCCUUCUGCUGUCGACGUUCCAGGAGAUCCUGCGCGUCCGAUCCGCUGGCGCCCCCACGCGCUUUGUCUUGCAGGAUACCGUGGUGGCGGAUCAGUACCUGCUCAAGGCCGGCAGCGUGGUCAACAUGCCUGGCGAGGUCAUCGGGCAGUCCGACGAGGCGUGGGGGUCGAGCGCCCACGAGUUCGAUGCGCGGCGCUAUAUCAAGACGGAGAAGAACCCGCGGCGGACUGGAGGGUUCAUGCCGUUCGGGGUGUCGCCGGUGAUCUGCCCGGGGCGGCACUUUGCCAGUGCGGAGAUCCUGGCCCUGGUGGCCAUGCUGGCCCUCCGCUUUGAUAUGGUGCCGGUGGAUGGAAGCUGGCAGGAGCCCCCAAUCAACUCCCAGGCGAUUGCGUCGAGUAUGCGGCCUCCCAAGCAUGGCUUCGACGUGCGGGUAAUUCCCCGGAAGGAAUACGAGGGGGUGGAGUGGGACUUUGAAGUCAAGGAAGGCACGGGGAUGUUCAAUUUGAUGGUGGGAUGACCGGCCUUCUCUGUGCGUGUUAGUACGUGGACGAAUGCAGGAUGGAGUGAAGAGUACACUGUAAAUAAUAUUUGAUUCCUCGAUUCAAACACAUUCCAACCACAUGUUUGGGUAGCAUUUUCUACAAGGAUCACCACUGCAAGAC